AUGCUGUUCCAGGGCAUCGGCCACGUGCUGCUGAAUGUGCGCAUCUUCGUGUGGGACCUGUGGCUCACGCUGCUCAACGUGCUCCUCCCAUCCCUGCCAAAAGCGAAGGACGACGGGGAGAAGGGGCGCUGGCCGGAGUGGGCGGCCCCAAAGGAGGGCGAUAGCAGGUGUGCGUGCCCGGCGCUGAACGCGAUGGCGAAUCACGGGAUACUCCCGCACGAUGGCAAGGGCGUCAAGUUCACGGACAUGGCCGCACGGGUGCACGAGACGUACAACUUUGCACCGACGUUUGCGGCGUUUGUCGCGCGCAACGGGGCCGACACGCUCAAGCGGGACUACUCAAAGGACACGUUCGACCUCGCCGAGCUCGAUCUACACAACGGCAUCGAGCACGACGCCUCUCUCCUCCGCCAAGAUGCGUACUUCUCCCCCUCCCAAAGCACGCCCCACCUGCCCCUUGUCGACGCGCUCCUCGCCUCGGCCUCGGGAACCGCCCCCGACGGGUCCCGCGCGCUCACCGCCGCCGACCUCUCCGCGUUCUCCAGCAAGCGCAGGGCGGACUCCAAACGGGAGAACCCGCAGUUCGUGCUCGACAAGACGCACGCCGUGUUCGGGAGCGCCAAGUGCGUGUCUUUCCCUAAUGCUUCCAUCGCUGACGACGACGUUGGCAGCUCGUCAACGCUGCUCGCCAUCUUUGGCGGGCACGUGCCGGACUUAGAGGUCUUCCUCCGCGAGGAGCGGCUCCCGCGGGCAUGGCAGAGCGUGUGCCGCGCGCGCAAGGGCUUGACGUUCUUUGCGUUCAAUGGCACGACGCUCAAGGUCGAGCGCGGGAUCGACGAGGCGAAGUACGAGCGCGAGCGGGCCGAAAAGGAGGCAGCGCCGGAGACGCAGGGGGAGAAGGAGGUGGAGCAGGGCGUCAACUGA